AUGGGCGCUGGGGCGAGUACGGCUUUGGCAGACGAAGCACUGCUGGGGCUCAUCAACGAAGAUGUGGAGCGUGCAGAGCGGCUGGUCUCAGAGGCCAAGCGUGCCCGAGCGGGUCGGCCUGGCACCGGCGCCGGCGCCAGCGGGCGCGAGUUGAAGAUCCACGCGCUGGACGGGUCGAGGUUCAAUCUUCCGGUCGACGAUGCCGCGACCGUGGAGGAGGUGGUCCAGAGCAUCAGCGAGCGACUGGAGCCACGUCCUGGGCGGCGGCUGGUGUUGACCUCCGGCGAUCACGUGCUGGAAGAGUCAAAGGCUCUGUGGCCACAGGUUGAGAAUGAGGAGAUCACCUACGUGGCCCAGCAAGUGGGAGCUGGUCAAGCCGCUGUGACCUUGCAUCGUGCUUUGUCGCGGUCAAGUGACCAGACGAGAGCAGAGGUGAACGCCAUCGAUGCCAUUGACUCGUUGGUCUUUGGAGAGAUGUUCAACCAGAGUCUGGAAAAUGUCACGUUGCCGGGCCACCUGCAGAUUUUGAGGUUUGGCAGUUCUUUCAACCAGAGUUUGGAAGAUGUUUUGCUGCCAAACAGCCUGCAGAGUUUGACCUUCGGCAGCGACUUCAACCAAAGCUUAGCUGGCGUCAGAAUGCCAACGAGCUUGGAGACCCUAACACUUGGCGAAUCCUUCAACCAAAGCUUAGCAGGUGUCACACUGCCCAGCAGUUUGCAGACACUGGCCUUUGGCGAUUGCUUUGACCAGAGAUUGAAGAGUGUGAGUCUACCAAACAGCAUCAAGACAUUGAGCUUCGGUUCCCGCUUCAAUCAAAGCCUUGUGGGAGUGACCUUGCCGAGCAGUUUGGAGACACUGAGCUUUGCUGAUUGUUUCAACAAGAGCAUGGACGAUGUGACAUUCCCCAGCAGCUUACAGGCCUUGACCUUCGGCUGGAAUUUCAACCAGAGCUUGCGAGGUGUUGAAUUGCCAAAUAGGCUCCAGACCCUGACGUUUGGUGAGUGCUUUGACUGCAGCUUGGUAGGUGUUGCACUGCCGUGUGGGCUACAAACCUUGACCUUCGGCUCUGGGUUCAAUCAGCUGUUGGAGGGCCUCACUUUGCCAAGAGCCUUGCAGACUCUGACCUUCGGUGAUUGUUUUGACCAGAGCUUGGCAGGGAUCACAUGGCCGGAGUGCCUCCAGUCUUUGACUUUUGGACAUUCGUUUAACCAAUGCUUGGAAGGUUUAGUCCUGCCUAGCAGCCUGCAGACCCUGAACUUUGGGAAUUCGUUCACAAAAAGCUUGGCUGGUGUCCUUCUGCCGAGCAGCCUGCAGACAUUGACGGUAGGGAAUUCAUUUGACCAGAACUCGGCAGACGUGAAUUUGCCGAGCAACCUGCAAAGGUUGAUCUUUGUUGAGUGUUUCGACCAGAGUCUUGAUGGCCUGCGGCUGCCAAGCAACCUGCAGACCUUGACCUUCGGCUGGAAUUUUAAUCAGAGCUUGACAGGGACCCUCCUGCCAAGUAGCCUUGAAACAUUGACAUUUGGUGAGUGUUUUGACCUGAGUUUGGCCAGUGUGAAUCUUCCAACGAGCCUCAAGACUUUGACCUUGGGCGCUGGGUUUAAUCAGACCUUGGAAGGAAUCGCACUGCCAAGUAGCUUGCAAACUUUAACCUUUGGCGAUUGUUUUGAUCAAAGCCUCGCCGGCCUUGCGCUACCAAGUAGCCUUCAAAGCUUGUGCUUUGGGAAUUCAUUUAACCGGAGCUUGGUGGACGUGACUUUGCCUCCAAGCUUGGAGUGCUUGACCUUUGGUGAAUGUUUUGAUCAAAGCUUCCGUGAGGUCGUUUUGCCGGAAAGCCUGCAGAUCUUAACCUUUGGCUGGAAUUUUAACCAGAGCUUAGAGGGUUUAAGACUGCCCGGCGGUUUGAAGACCUUGAUCUUCGGUGAGUGCUAUGAGAGGACCUUGCAGGAAGUCCUGCUGCCUGGGGGUCUAGAGACUUUGACCUUUGGCUCUGCAUUCAACCAGAGCUUGGACAAAGUCAUGCUGCCCAGUAGCCUUCAAUCGUUGACCUUCGGGCAUUGUUUUAACCAAAGCCUCGAAGGUGUUGCGCUGCCAAAUAGCAUCGAGACAUUGGUUUUUGGUGAUUCGUUUCAUCAGAAUUUGGAAGAUGUGGAGCUGCCAAGCAGCUUAAAGACAUUGACCUUUGGUUCAUCGUUUAACCAGAGCUUGGCAGGAGUCAUGCUGCCAAGUAGUUUGCAGACGAUCACAUUCGGCAAUGGUUUCAACCAAAGCUUAAAGGGUGUCACGCUGCCAAGCAGCCUUCAGAAAUUGAUCUUUGGUGAUGAAUUCAAUCAGAGUUUGAAAGGUGUCACGCUGCCAAGCAGCCUACAUGAACUCCAAUUCACUGAGUUUCAUGUACGUGUUCACCUUGUUCACUGA